AUGGCGGGUACAGCUACCGCGACGUAUGGCCCCGACGUUUGGACCUCAACUAGCACUGUAGACGCGAGUCAGCAGCAAUGGGAGUUCGCUGUUCCGAUUAACGGGGAGAACCGACGCCGCUCCAAAUCUCGAACAUCCCGCAAGUCCCGAGACCGCGGCUCGAAGGGUUCCCGCAGUUCUUCGCUGUCUAAACAAAUUUACAAUCACGAACAAUCCCACCACGCGCCCCGAGGUCGACGAGAUCCAAGCCUCAGUCGCACAGAGAGUGAGAACGGAGGCGUGCAGGACACGGCGGCAUCGCCCCAUAUCAAUGGGUCUAGGAAGAGUGAUGUAACGGAGGGGGAACAAAACGACGAGAAAUGGAUCCACCGCGAUAAACUAGCCCGCAUUGAAAGCGAAGAGCUACAACAGGCCGCUAUUUUGUUUCAGCGUCGACCAGGCACUGGCAGCACGAAAGGCCGCGGAAGAAGUCGAGACCAGCAGCACGGCAGCGUUAGCGGAGCUACUGCAACUACUGCCACGCAUCAUGAACCACUGGAACCGUGGCCGGACCUUCAAGAAGACCAACAGAACAACGCCGCUCGUUCAGCCCCUGCGAAUGGUCAUGACAUUACAGAGGAAGAACGCCAAUGCUGGGAUCUCCGCCGGCCUGAGGAGAUCGCGGCGGAAAGGGAAUCUAGUGCAUCAAGCAUGUACCGCAACCCUGGGCUGAGGAAGAGUUCCUCCCGCAUCCCAAUCCCAAUGUCGAGCCCGGCGUCCCGAUCACCGCAGAACAACGACCGCGAAUACUUCUCGUCUCGCUCACGGGCUCCGACGGACGAGGACGAAGAAGCAGCAUCGCGGGGGAUGCCACGUAGAGCUAGUGAGCCAUUAACAGUAGAUUCUGCCUCGAAUUCCGACCCCGCUAGCGAGAGUCGACCCGGCAGCCGGGGCUGGCCAUCGUCUCAAAACGCAGCCACUAAAAAGGCUACUGCAAAAACUGGCUCGACAAGCAGAAAGACGUCCGCUCCGAACCCGAAAAAGCCGUCACCCCGAAGCCGGGCUACAUCGAGCAACGCCAACCAGCGUCCCACAACUAGAGCAGGCGAGCCUCGUCCGCCUACGGCCAUCAAUCGCCCAGAAGGAGAUCCGCCAUGGCUAGCGACGAUGUAUAAGCCAGACCCGCGGCUACCGCCAGACCAGCAAAUAUUGCCCACCCACGCGCGGAAGAUGCAACAAGAACAAUGGGAAAAGGAAGGCAAGACGCCCACGAUGUAUGAUCGGGAAUUCGCACCGCUCGCAAUCGUGCCCGAUCAGUCCCAGCCGGUAAAAAAGACAGAGAAAGAGGCCGAGAAGGAAAGCGAGCAACCAGAGCCGUUAAAACCAGAGGGCCUGGGUUUGCAACCGCCGCCAAAGAGUCCCGAGCCGAGCCGACCUGGCACAAGCACAGGAUACAGCCCAAUGCCAAAGGUGCAGGACCCACCUCCCACGGGAUUAACCCCAAGGUUCAACAGCCAAACCGUUGUAACAGCUCAAGGGCCGCCUCCAGAGGACGACAAGGUGGACAAGGGGUGUGGAUGCUGCAUCGUGAUGUGA